GAGCUCAGCGCGCAGACUUCCGCUUCCGCUUCGCCAUAACGGAAAUUACCCAAUGGGCCGAUAGAAGAUAGAAGAAAAGUUGCCCUUUGUAAAUAGUUUGUGGCCACAUUUUUUAAUUUAAAUUAAAACAUAUAUAUUUGUACACUCCCUCGCUUGUUCCCGUUGCCUGGCAACGGAGGAAGUACUGGUUUUCAACGGUUUCUACAAACGUUUUCCAAACCGUCGAGGAUCGUCUCGUGAAGUUCUGUUGAAGUUGUAACCGGUACCACUCGGUGCUUCUUUUUCAUUCUCGGCCACAUCUUCCUGUGAGCGCAUGAGCGCGCCCGUGCCUCGAGCUGAUGUGAGCGCCGCCUCGCUCCCUCUCCGUUUUGCCAUCCUCGCACCAGCCACUCCCACAACGAACCUCCAGUGAUGUGUGACAACGGAGACCCCGAGGAUAAACCCCCCGCCCCCCCGGUGAGGAUGAGCAGCACCAUCUUCAGCACCGGCUCCGGCAAAGACUCCCUCUCGGCCAACCACAGCUCUAAACCCCUGCCCUCUGUGCCUGAGGAGAGGAAACCCCGCAACAAGAUCAUCUCAAUCUUCUCUGGCGCUGAAAAGGGUGGUAGAAAGAAAGAUCGAGACAAAGAGCGACCGGAGAUCUCGCCACCGUCAGAUUUUGAACACACCAUCCAUGUUGGGUUUGACGCCGUCACCGGGGAGUUCACCGGCAUGCCGGAGCAAUGGGCUCGGCUACUCCAGACCUCCAACAUCACCAAGUCGGAGCAGAAGAAAAACCCGCAGGCCGUGCUCGCCGCCCUGAAGUUCUACGACUCCACGGGCAACGGCCGCCAGAAGUACCUCAGCUUCUCCUCUUCCGAAAAAGACGCAUUCACUCCGGGACCUCAGUCUCCCGUCAAAAAAGGCACCGAACCGUCUUCUCCAAAUAUCAAAGACAUCGACGACGACGACGACGAUGACGACGACGACGAAGAUGAAGCUCCUCCCCCGAUUGUGGCGCCGAGACCGGAGUACACAAAGAGCGUGUACACUCGGUCUGUUAUCGACCCCAUCCCGGCUCCGAGCGCGUGUCCGGACGGAGACGCCGCCUCCAAGGCGGCGGCGGACCGACAGAAGAAGAAGGGCAAGAUGACGGACGAGGAGAUCAUGGACAAACUGAGAUCGAUAGUCAGCAUCGGAGAUCCCAAGAAGAAGUACACCAGAUAUGAAAAGAUCGGCCAGGGGGCAUCGGGAACCGUGUUCACCGCCAUCGAUGUCGCCACGGGACAGGAGGUCGCCAUCAAGCAGAUCAACCUCCAGAAGCAGCCGAAGAAGGAGCUCAUCAUCAACGAGAUCCUCGUGAUGAAGGAGAUGAAGAACCCGAACAUCGUCAACUUUGUCGACAGUUUCCUGAUGGGGGAGGAGCUGUUCGUGGUGAUGGAGUAUCUGGCCGGCGGCUCGCUGACGGACGUGGUGACGGAGACCUGCAUGGACGAGGCCCAGAUAGCCGCCGUCUGCCGAGAGUGUUUACAAGCGCUGGAGUUCCUGCACGCCAACCAGGUCAUUCACCGAGACAUCAAGAGCGACAACGUGUUGCUCGGGAUGGACGGCUCCGUCAAGCUGACCGACUUCGGCUUCUGCGCCCAGAUCACGCCGGAGCAGAGCAAGCGCAGCACCAUGGUGGGCACGCCGUACUGGAUGGCGCCGGAGGUGGUGACCAGGAAGGCCUACGGGCCCAAAGUGGACAUCUGGUCUCUGGGCAUCAUGGCCAUCGAGAUGGUCGAGGGAGAGCCGCCCUACCUGAACGAGAACCCGCUACGAGCUUUAUACCUGAUCGCCACCAACGGCACACCUGAGCUCCAGAACCCGGAGAAGCUGUCUCCGGUCUUCAGGGACUUCCUCAACCGUUGCUUGGAGAUGGACGUGGAGAAAAGAGGCGGAGGCAAAGAGCUGCUGCAGCAUCCGUUCCUGAAGCUGGCGAAGCCGCUCUCCAGCCUCACGCCGCUCAUCCUGGCAGCCAAGGAGGCCAUGAAGGGCAACCGCUGAGCCGAGCGCCUCACUGCUGUGCACGGGACACGUGCACGCCGCUGAGCCGAGCGCCUCACUGCUGUGCACGGGACACGUGCACGCCGCUGAGCCGAGCGCCUCACUGCUGUGCACGGGACACGUGCACGCCGCUGAGCCGAGCGCCUCACUGCUGUGCACGGGACACGUGCACGCCAUUUUUAGAUUUGUUUGUUUCUUUGGUGCCAGACAAUAAGGCCGAGAGGGACUCUCGCCGCUCUUGAUGCACCAGCCUUAAAAAAAAAAAAAAUGUUUUAAAUGUUUUAAAUAAUUUUUUUAAAAGCCCUGAGAAAACCUCACUGUGAAGAAGACCAAAAACAACAACAAACUAGAUAAAUAAAUAAACUCCACCGCUGUCAACGUCAACAAUUCUCACUCGGAUGUCAGAAGACAAAAUAAAGAGCUUAGUUUCCUGUCGUUGGAACAAGUCCGUGUUCGAGCUCGGCUCGUUUUUUUAAAAUUUUGAAGUGAAGAAGAUGCCUUUUUUUUCUCUACUUCAGUUUUUUAAUCAACUGCCUUAAACAAAUGCAAAACGUUGCCUAAUGUAUUUGUUGAUCGUGUCGAUUGUUUCUCUCCCCGUGAUUUUUACUACCUUUGUAAUUUACCUUUUUUCAGCGUCUUAGUUUAUUUUGAUACUUGAAUCUCUUUUUCCUUCAUUCAAUGAAAACUCUUUUGCUAUUUCCACAUCGUGUUUUAUGGACAAUUUCUCCGUUUUUUAAAUUUUUUUAUAGGAAACAUUUCCGUACAUUCGUCAUCAUGAACACACUUGACGGACCUACUGUACCCCCCCCCCCCCCCUCCCCCUCCCCCUCCCCUAUCAUUAGUCCCCAGAUACCAGAGGUGCACCUUACAGGCAAAAAUAAAAAAAUGUUAGAUUGACAGGGUUUAUACUUUUAUUUCUCUAUUGUUAUUAAAACAUGAGUAUUGUAUGUUGAGCUCUGUCCUUUUGUUUUCCUCUAGACUAAACAGAUGUGCUUCUCGUGUGUAUAUUGUGUACUUGAUGUUUAGUUUGAUUUUCUUUUCUUCUUUUAAAGUGUUCGUAUCGUAGUGUUUAGCUGUUGAAGGCUGAUGAAGACAUUUCUUCUUCUGGAACGACUUAACAACCUUGUUGUCUGCGCACUCAAAUAAACUGUUAUUGUAAUUGU